AUGCCGACCUUGAUUCUUUCUUUCUUUCUCUUUGAUAUCGACCGCGACAUUUGCUUCCAUUUUUUUUUUCAUAUAUUUCUUUCCUUCAAUUUUCUUUUUGCAUAUAUAAUAUCGCGGACAAACACCGUCUACUUUCCUGUCCCGCCCAUCACCUCUUCAUGCUCUCUCCACCACCCCCAUCCGACCCGCCCUUCCCAGCUCUUUUACUGUGGCUGCCAUUUCUCUUCCAGUGGACAAAACAGGAGAGAAAGUGUCGGGGACUGGAUCGGGGAGGAAUUACCAAGCAUUUUUCUUUUCAGUGGAUGUAUGUGUGUGUUCAAUUUUUCUUCGGUUUCGCAUUCUGUCAAUCAAAAUUCUUCCAACUUUUCGCGCAAACUCUUCCUUUCAUCUCUUUCGAAAUUUGCUCCAUCAAAUUCCCGACGUCCUUCUCUUUCUAUUUUCCCUUUUCUAUCUUUUCCCAUAAAUACUGCAGAUUUUUUUUCUUCUAUCUAUUGCACUUGGAUUUUUUCCUUGUUUUUCUUUAUCUUUUUUCUCACAAGUGCAGAUUUUUUCCUUCGCUUACAACCUAACUGUAUAUACUUUCUCGCUAUCCUUUUAUUACAACUUUUUCACUUUUUUCUUUCUUAUAACUACAGAUUUCUUUCUUUCCUCUUAUUACAAAUUAAUAUUUUUCCUUUCCUUUUAUUACAAACUUUGUUUUUUUUCCUAACAACUAUAGAUUUCUUUCUUUCUUUGAUUACUUGUUCGCUUUCUUUUUACUUUUCUUUUUUCAAACAUCUAUUUCUUUCUUUCAUUUUAAUAUUUCCUAAACAUUUUUUCAUAAUUAUUGUCGCUUGCUUGCAUUCUUUUUUUUCUUCUUUCUUUCUGUUUCAGCUUGCUCGCUUUCUUUUCGUUCUUUUAUUUUGUACAGUUCUUCCUAAUAACUGCAGUCUAUUUUUCUUUCUUUCUCCUAACUAUGGCUACUUUGUGUUCUUCUCUGUUCUUUUCCCAACAACUGCAGCUUCUUUCAGCAUUUUCUUCAACGUCUGUUAUUAUUGUAAAUUUGGAUUAAGCAAAGCGGAAAACAGGAAAAUCAUAGAAAAUGUCAGAGUAAAUUAUUUGUGGAUAAUUCUUCCUAUGACACCAAAUUCAUGUGUCUGUAUAGACGAAGACUUACAUUUCUAUUUAGUUAUAUGUGGGAUUUCCUGUAUAUUUCUCAACGUGUCAUUAUAUGUAAGCAUACACUGA